UUUCGGGAUAACGGCCUUUUCCUCAGAAGAAACAACAAGGCACCCGAAGCGGCGGCUUGAUAAAGCAGCGUGCGGACAGGGGGAGAUGCAGCGCACGGGCAUUUGAUCAGCUUUCGGAAAGCAUUGACCAUAAAGGGAAAGUGUAGCUCGGCCUUUGCCUAGAUUAUAUAACCAACACAAUGAAUGCAACAAAACAAAGGAAACAAAAUCCAAUUGACAUCUCAUCUCCUGGAACAAAGAAGAAAGGAAGAAUGUAUAACAGAUAUGAAGCUAACCCAAUGGUUUUAGUGCCUGCAGCUCCCAAAGAAACCAUUACACAAUAUUCUCUGGGUCUUACAUCAGGAAAUAAAGAUAGAAUGUUUGAUGAAAUGGACAUGCUUAGGAAUAUUACAAAACAUCUAAAUGAGAUUGUGCAUACAAUGGAAGGUGUCUAUAUAAAGGAAGGUGAAAUUAAAGAAAGUAAAGAAGAGGAAGAGGAAGAAGAACUACCUGAAGAUUAUGAAGAUAUGACUUCUUUCCUGAUAUGUUGUUCACAACUUAGGACACAAUUAGAAAAUGCACUUCGUGAAGAAAAGCAAAUAUUAGAGUCAUUGCUUAAGUGGUUUGAAAAGGAGGUCCAUGAGAUGGAAGAGAUAGGUGAGGAAGAAAUUAUACCAGAUUGGCAAAUUCCUCUAGCAGAUAAAAGCAUAACAAAUAAUAUCAAUCAGUUACUGAAUCGCAUUCAAAGACUUGAAGAACUAAAAGGCCGUGUUCAAGAGCUACCCAAACUUAUUCAGCUUUCCAUACCUAAACAGGAAAAGAAAAAAGCAGUAAGCCCAACACCUCCCACUCCAAAAGAUCCAAAAAAUAUAAUUGAAGAACUUGCUACAAGACAUGCAACUGAGGAUGUGUUGAAUAUGGUACAGGUUUUCCAGGAAGAUUCAGGACAACCACAAACAAUUGAGAUGAUGAACAAUCGCAUGAUAGAAAUAAUGAAAGUAUUUGAAAGACAAACAAAUAAGUUACACAGAGUUGUAAAUGAACAGGAUGUGCUGGAAGGUAAAUUACAGAAAAUUCAGCAAGAAUUUCGACAUCUAACAGAAGAAAAAGAAAUAAUGGAGGAUGAGCUUCAAAAAAUGAAAGCUUCAGAGCAAGAUAAAGGAAUAUCAGAGACAAGAAAAAAAGUAUUACCAAAACUGGAGAAGGUGAAAAUUGAAGAGAAACCACAAGUUCCUUCAGAAAAGGCCCAGGUAACACAGAAACCAGAGUCUGGUUUUGCAAAGGAAAAAGAACAUAUAAAAAUGAAAGAUGAUUUAACUAAAGCUCAGGAAGACAUUCAAUCCCUUCAGGAAGAGAAGAAAAUGCUUGAGGAGAAGCUACAGAAAGCUUUAGAGGACGUUGAAAAGGCAAAGAUUCAACUUGCUGAAAUACCUCCAACUAUUCCAGACUGGCAGUUCCCUUUAUCAGCAGGUGUGGAAGAGGUACCAAAGAAAGUCAAGAAAGCCUCAAAAGGGAAAGUUAAAGGAGAUGAUUUAAAAGAGGUACCUAUUAGUGGAACAGAAAAAACAACCCCCAAAUUACAAAAAAUCGACACAGGAAAAACAAGUGAAAUGCUUCCUCGAAAAAGUCAGGAACUUUCUAAACAAAAAGGAUCAGCUGGUGUUACGGAAAAGCUUUUAAAACACCCUUCCCAAUCUGAGGAUACUGAUAAAAAAAAGGAAGAAUCUGGGAAAAUAAAAACUGAGAUGGUUGAUUUCAAAGAUGUGGCAAAACGUAAGGAUUCUUCUGAAAUGAAGAAGCGACGUUUAAAGGGCGCAGGGAAAGACAUAUCUAUAGAAGAAAAGCAGCAAUUGCCUGAUUCUGCAAAAGAUGAGGAAAAAAUAUUGCCAGUGAUUUUAGAUAAACAUGUAGAAAUGCUUCCACCAGACUCAAAAAGCCUUAGAGAAGAAAUUACUAUACCUCCUCAACUUAAUAUGGAAGAACGUGUGCCAAAUACUAAACAGAAAAGUUUGCAAGUUACUCCAGAAUUCAAAAUGAAGGACACAGCUGAAUUUAAGCCUUUAACAUCACAAAAAGAAAUCCCAAGACUUGACAUAGAUUCAGUAGGACUUAAAAAAGAGGAGGAUCACUUGAUCUGUAAAAGAAUGUUUCAGUUAAAAGAUAAUUUGACGAAACUAAAGGGAAUGCCUGAAGCUGAAACUUUAGCAAAACUCUUGCUUGAGUCUGACAAAGGAAAAUUACCAGAGAGACAAAAACUUGAGUUACUUCAAAUGCUAAAUCAGCUGGUAACUCCAGAUGAAAUACAGCAAGCUGGUGAAAGAGAGGAAGAUGAAAAAAAAAGAACUUUACUUGCAAAUGUAGUAUCGGUUGUUAGACCUUUAUUGCAAGAGCAGCCUCCUAAAGCUGAUCUCUCAGAGAAAGAAAGAAAUGAUCUGGCAGAGGAAAGAACAGCCUUCCUUUCAAUCUUAGACUCACAUAUAAAAGAUUAUCAACAAAUUAGAAAACACGAAAAUAUUGAAAAAGAAAUUAGGAAGCUUUCAGAAGAAAGAACCCAGCUACGGGCAAAUGUGGAAUUAAAUAUGAAAGAUUUGGAACAAGCCCGGGUUCUUGCAUCUUCCCAGCCAUCAGAAAUUAAUGAGAACAGAGUAAAAGAACUGGAAAAACAAGGAGCACUAUUGGUUGAUAAUCUGGAGGCAAAUCAACAAGAACUUGAAAGUGCUAGAUUUCUUGAAGAGAAGAAGCUUGAUAAACUGGCAAAAGAAAACCAAUCUUUGCUUGCAAUUUUGAAAUCAAAUGUAAAGGGACUAGAAGAAGCUGAGGCUCUUGCAGCUACCCAACCAAGCAUUAUUGCUGAUUUAAAAAUAAAAGAAUUAACUGAAUUAAGAAAUGAAGUGGCUCAGCAUUUAGAGCAAAAUCUGCAGAAUAUCCAAAGGGCAUGGUCUCACGCUCCAGGACUUACAGUUGAAAGCAGACUUCAAGAAAAGGAAUUAGAAGAAUUGCAUGAACUAUCCAAACUAAAGGAACAGUUACUGGAAUCACUGGAAUCUAAUCAGAAAGAGCUACAAGAAAUUCAAGAACUUGCAGCUGCCCAACCUGGCAGUGUCAAUGAGCAUAUGUUACAGGAAUUAACUGAGCAAAGAAGACAAUUGACCAUAGAUCUGGAGGCAACACUAGAUGGCAUACAAGAUAUAUGUCAUCGACCUGCAGAAAGAAGUACAUUUAUACAACCUUCUGAAAAGGAAUUGUAUGAUUUACACAAACUAUCUAAAAAGAAGGGACAGUUACUUGAAAUGUUGGAAUCUAAUUGGAGAGAGAGAGAAGAAGUUCAGGAACUUGCAGCUAUUCAACCAAGCGAUAUCACUGCAAAUAAGCUGCAGGAGUUAACUGAGCAAAGAAAAAAGGUGACCACAGAACUGAAAGCAACUCUAGAUGGUAUACAAAAUAUAUGUCGUCAGACUUCAGAAACUAGUACAUUUAUACUACCUUCUGAAAAGGAGGUACAUGAAUUGCGUGAACUGUCUGAGAAGAAGAAGCAGUUACUGGAAGCACUAGAUUCUAAUCAGAAACAGCUACAUGAAAUUCACGAGCUUGAGGCUACCCAACUAGGCAGCAUCAUUGAGCAUAAGCUGCAAGAAUUGACUGAGCAAAAAAGAUAUUUGACUACAGAUUUGGAGGCAACCCUAGAUAAUAUACAAAAUGUAUGUCGUCAUAGUUCAGAAAGAAUUACAUUUAUACAACCUUCUGAAGAGGAAUUAUUUGAAUUGAAUGAAUUGUCUGACAAAAAACAUCAGUUACUAAAAGCACUAGAAUCUAAUCAGAGAGAGCUACAAGAAAUUCAGGAAUGUGCACCUAUCAAACCAGACAGUGCUAAUGAACAUAAGUGGCAGGAAUUAAAUGAGCAAAGAAGAAAUUUGACCACAGAGUUGGAGGCAACUCUAGAUAGUAUGCAAAAUGUAUGUCAUCAUGCUUCAGAAAGAAUUACAUUUAUACAACCUACUGAAAAGGAAUUACAGAAGUUGCAUGAACUAUCUGAGAAGAAACAUCAGUUACUGGAAACACUGGGAUUUAAUCAGAAAGAACUACAAGAAAUUCAGAAACUUGUAGCUAUCCAACCAGGCAGUUUCAGUGAGCAUAAGCUGCAGGAGUUAACUGAACAAAGAAGACAUUUGACCUCAGAUUUGGAAGUAGCUGUACAUGAUAUGCAAAAUAUAUGUCGUCAUGCUUCAGAAAGGACUGCAGUUGUACAGGCUACUGAAAAAGAAUUAUAUAAGUUGCAAGAACUAACCAAGAAGAAACAGCAGUUACUAGAAACACUGGAAUCUAAUUGGAUAGAGCUACAAGAAAUUCAAGAACUUGCAACUACUCAACCAGAGAGUAUCAGUGGACAUAAGUUGCAGGAAUUAACCGAGCAAAGAAGACAUUUGGCCACUGACCUGGAGGCCACUUUAGAUGAUAUACAAAAUGUAUGUUAUCAUUAUUCAGAAAGAACUACAUUUAUACAACCUUCUGAAAGAAAAUUACAUGAGCUAUUGAUGAAGGAGCAGCAUUUACUGGAAAAGAUGGAAUCAAGUGAAAAAGAACUACAGGAUGCUCAGGAUCUUGCAACUGUCCAGCCAGGCAGUAUCAGUGAUUAUAAACUACAGGAGUUAAAUAAGCAAAGAAGAUCUCUCAUGGCAAAUCUAGAGACAAUUACACAUGAAAUACAAAAACUUACUUCUGAAGGUGUUUCUAUUGUGUAUCCUGAUGAAAGAGAAUUAUAUGAAUUAUCUGGAAAAAGAGAAGAAAUAUUGGCAAAGCUUGAAUCUGUUCAGAAAGAACUAGAUGAAGCUUCAGCUUCUGCAGCUGCCCAGCCAGAGGCAGAGCAUACGUUAAAUAAACUUUCUGUCGAAAAAAGACUUUUGAUUGAAGAACUAGGGCAAACUACCAUUAAUCUACUAAAAGCAAAGAGUAUUGCUUCAGAAAGAGAUAUAAUUGGAAAACCUAUUGAAAAGGAAUUAUAUGACCUAUUAGUAAAGAAGAAAGAAUUGCAAGAAAAGUUGAAGUCCAAUGAGAAGGAGAUAGAUGAAGCUCAGAUUCUUGCAUCUAUCCAUCCAGGCAUUAUCAGUGAACAUGCACUUCAAGAAUUGGUUGAGGCAAAAAGACGCUUGACGACAGUUUUAAAGGCAACUGUACAUGAUAUUCAAAAGGCAGAACAUGUUUUAGAAAUGGCUCAGAUUGAACGACCUAGUGAAAUAAUACAAAAAGGGAGACCACUGAAUCACCUACUUAAAAAAAAAGAAUUGCUACAGAAACGUUUGGAUUCAAAUUGGACAGAAUUAGAAGAUGCUCAGGCUCUUGUAGCUGCUGAACCAGGAUAUAUCAGUGAGCAUAAAUUACAAGUAUUAUCUGAUGAAAGAAGCAAUUUGUCUAAAGAGCUAAAGAAAGUUUUUCAGGAAAUAUUAGCAUUGCAGCAAGGUGCUCCGGAGAAAUUUCCAGAUAGACAUUAUGGAGAAAAAGAAUUAUAUACACUAUCUGAGAAGAAACAAUUGUUAUUGGAAAAUCUAAAAAGGCUACAAGAAGCUCAAGCUCUUGCAGCGGCCCAACCUGGUGGCUUAGAUGAAGAUAAACAAAAGCAGCUAACUGAGCAAAGGAAACAUUUAACUGCGGAGUUAGAGACAAUAGUAAAGAAUAUUCGAAGAGCAGAACAUAGUACUUCAGAAAUACUUCUUGAUAUAAAAGCCAGCGAAAAAGAUCUACAUGAAUUGUUAGAAAAGAAGUUUGAAAUACUGGAAGAUUUGGCAUUCAAUCAAAAAGAGCUGCAGGAAGUUCAAGCUCUUGCAGCUGCCCAACCAGAUAGUACCAGUGAUUAUAAACUCCAAGACCUUUCUGUGAAAAGUAGGCUUUUGACUGAAUAUCUAGACGCAACUGUACAAGAUAUACAAGAAAUACACAAAAUACCAAAAAGCUCUUCAGAAACAAUUAUUGUUACAAGACCCAGUGAAGAAGAAUUACAUGCACUAUCUGAGAAGAAACAACACUUGUUAGAAAAACUGGAAUUUAAGGAGAAAGAAUUACAAGAAGCUGAAACACUUGAAAUUAGUCAACCAGGUACUGUCAGUGCAUAUAAACUACAAGAACUACAUGAUCAAAGAAGAUAUUUAACUGUAGAACUAGAGGCAACUGUACAUGAUAUAGAAAAAAUAGAAAAUCGUGCUUCAGAAGAAACCUUAAUGAGACGAUCUGAGGAAAUAAAAUUGCAUAAAUUACAUGCAUGGAAGAAGCUUUUAUUGGAACAUUUGGAAUCAAAUCUGGAACUACAAGAAGAAGCCCAGACUAUGGAACCAGAUAAUACCACUGAAAAAAAGAUAGAGGAAUUAAAUGAGCAAAGAAAUGUUUUAACUGAAAACCUGGAAGCAGUUGUGGAAGAUAUAAAUGAUAUGAAAAAUUACAUUUCGGAAACAGGAAGAAUUAUCAAAUACAUUGAAAAGGAUUUGAGAACACUUUAUCAGAAGAAGCAAAUGUUUUUGGAAUGUUUGGAGAUAAAUUUAAACAACCUUCAAGAUGCACAGACUGUUGCAGUUACUCAUCCAAGCAGCAUAAUUGAACAAAAAAUAGUUGAUCUCACAAGUGAAAGAAAGCUUUUGGUUGCUGGUCUUGAAGCAAUUAUUCAAGAUUUACAAGAUAUGCAGGAUAUUACUAAAGAAAAAGUUAAAAAAUCUAAAAAAGAGCUUUUGGAGGAACUAUGUGAACAAAAGGGAUUGUUUUUAAACAAAUUGGCAUCAAAUCUGAAAGACUUGAAGCAAGCACAGGCUCUUGCAGCUGCUCAGCCAGGAGGUAUUAAUGAGCAAAAGGUACAAGAUCUCAUUGAAGAAAGAAGGCUAUUAGCUGUAGGUUUAGAGGGAAUUGUACAAAAUAUUCAAAAUAUACAGAAUCUUAAAUCAAGCAAAACCGAACUAUUAACACCCGGUGAAAUACAAGCAUUAACUGAGAAGAGAAGGUUGUAUUUGGAUAAUAUAGAAUUAAUGCAGAAAGAUUUGAAAGUUUUGCAGGCCGCUGCAGUUAUUCAGCCAGACAAUGAACAGAUAGUUCAAUUGUUAGCCGAGCAAAAAAUAAUUUUGUUUGACAAUCUGGAGAAAAUUAUUCAAGAUGUGGAACAAGCACAAAACCUUGACUUAGAAAAUGGUUUGAUGAAAAGAUCUGAUGAGAGACAAAUACAUGAGCUGUUAAUGUUUUCAACACUAGAAUCAAAAUUUUAUGAACUGGAAGAAAUGGAGGCUCUUUCAUAUAAUCAGCUGGAUGUUAUGAAAAAGAAAAUGCACAAUCUAAAAGAACAAAGAAAGAGUUCAUUUGAUAGACGUCAUUUAAUUUAUCCCAAAGAACAUUCAGUAGAAAAUAUACUUGAGAGGCAAAAAGAAGCACUAAAAGAAUUUUUCCAAGAGAGAAAACAUUUGUUUUCAUAUCUGCAAUCAAGUAUUGAAGAUCUGCGACAAAAAAACAUUAUUUGGCAAGAAUCAAAGCAACACUUUCACCCACUAAUUAGACAGAAGACUGAAUCAUCAUAUCACCAAUUAUUAAUGGCAUCAGCUACAUCUCUACAAAUAACCAAACCUCCUAUUAUUAGAAGUCCUCUAGAUAAUACAAAAUCAGAGGAAAGACCCACCAGUUCUAAUCUAGAGCAGCAGAGCAAAAUUCUAAGGAGGGAAAUAGACAUGUCAAGUAGAAGCAAACUUAUCCCACAGUCUUUGCAUAAAAUGUCUGAUCUUUUUUCAUUUGAUCUCAGCAAGUUUUCUUCCAAUGUUGCAUUGCAAGAAAUACUAGAAUAUAACAGGAGUCUGCUUCCAGGCCAUAAAACAAAUCUGCAGCAUGCAUGGCAACUUACACAGCGAAAGAUAUUACAACAACAGGUUAAUCUUGCUGAAAGGUUCAGAGGCUUGUCAAUAUUCUUGCCUCAACCCUGUGGCACUACUAGGUUCCAUGACUAUUCUGCCCAUCCUUCAAGACCAGCAUGGGAAUCAAACCAGUUAAGCCAAAAAAGCUAUCCGCAAAAAGUGGCUUUGUUAAAGAGAAGACUAUUGGGACCAGAAAUAAAAAACAAUAUAAAAGGAGGCAAUUAUUCUUCAGCCUUUCAAGGACUAACUCCUCUAGCUAAUCAAGUUCAAGAUUUGGAUUCAUUCAUUAUUUGUGGAAAGGGAUGUUCUCCUACAAGAAAAGAUGGAACUUCCCCACUUAUAUGGCAAAAUACAAGAAGCCACUGAUCUAACUUUAAUCUUUUGGAUUAAUUCAUUAUGCAGCAACCUUGUAACUUUCAACUUUACAAUUGUGAUAAGGAAAAAUAAGGCAUUCAUGUAUUAAUUUCUCUUGAGACCUGUGAAAACUGUAAUUUGAA